AUGAGCAAUUUGCGUCUGCAAAAGCGCCUUGCCGCUUCUGUUAUGAAAUGCGGCAAAAAUAAGAUAUGGCUUGAUCCCAAUGAAGUCAGUGAAAUCUCGAAUGCGAACUCGAGGCAGAACAUCCGUCGCCUGAUCAAGGACGGUCUCAUUAUACGUAAGCCGGAAGUUGUGCAUUCGCGCUACCGCGCUCGUUUGUAUGAAGAAGCUCGCCGAAAGGGAAGACAUUCCGGGCAUGGUAAGAGGCGCGGUACAAAAGAUGCUCGCAUGCCUGAAAAAGUACUUUGGAUGAGACGCAUGCGUGUGCUUCGUAACUUGCUGAAGAGAUACCGUGAAUCAAAGAAGAUCGACAGAAGCCUCUACCACGAGCUUUACCUGCGUGCUAAGGGUAACAACUUCAAGAAUAAGAAGCAUUUGAUGGAGUACAUUUUCCGAAAGAAGAGCGAAAACAGACGUGCCAAGCAGCUUGCUGAUCAAGCUCAAGCUCGACGUGACAAGAAUAAGGAAGCUCGCAAGAGGAGGGAGGAACGCCAGCAUGCCAAGCGAACCGAGCUACUUCGCAAGAUUUCGGAAAGUGAAAAAAUGGCUGAGCAGAAGUGAUCUGUCCAGCUAAUGGGCCGCACCGACCCACUUGUUGAUUUUUUUUACUAUUAUUUGUUCGAUAAAGUUAGUUAAUGGGGAUUAAGAACUC